AUGUCGCAAAGAACCUUUCUUACAGAUGCUCAAAAAUAUGAGCUUUGUCUAUAUGCUUAUGAUAACAAGGAGACUCAGUCAGAAUAUUCUAAAGAGAAACAGCUUUCUAAUGAAGUAAUAAAUCCAGAAGCCAAACGUCACAAACCUGUUACUUUUCCAGAACUUAAGCUUGCGCUCAAAGAAUUUAUAUUAAUUUACCAAAAUCGGACCAUUUUGAGUGAUGCCUUGAUUAUUGAAAAGGCUAAAUUGCUAGCAGGUGAAUUAAAGAUUCCUGAAGGUAGGUUACAAUUUUUCCAAGGAUGGCUUCAAAAAUUUAAGGAAAGAAAUAGAAUUCGUCAAAGAAUACUUCAUAGUGAAGAACAUAAAAAGAAUAAGGAGCAUAUUUCUAUAGCAUUAUGUUCAAAUGUUGAUAGAUCUCAUAAAGUGAACCCUCUUAUUAUUGACAAGUAUACCAGCCCCUGGUGCUUUAAAAACAUGAAAAUUAAAAUUUUACCUAUGACAUAUCGAAGUAAUGCCAAGGCAUGGAUGCUCUUGGUUCUUUUUCAAGACAGCCAUGAUAUUGCUAAUUUAGCUCUUAAAUAUAUAGAUGUUCAUUUUCUUCCUCCAUAUACUACUUCAAAAAUCCAACCUAUAGAUGCAAAAAUAAUCAUAACUUUUAUAAAGGCUUAUCGAUGCUAUCAUCUUCGUUUAUUAUUAGAUCAAGUUGAAGCAGGACAUUUGAUUCAAGACUUAAAGAUAAAUAUUCUUCAAGCAAUUCAAUUUCAAUUAGAGGGUGAGAAGAAGUCUCUGCUGAAACUAUUCACAAUUGCUGAGUUAGAUAAGCUUAUUAAUGUGCUUAGUUCACAUUACCUUUCUAAUGCAAUGAAGACUGAUGAAUUCCUUAUACUCAAUAAUAAGAAUAUCAUUUAUAAAGUCCCUCCAGAUGACCAAAUUAUCAAGGAGCUUGCUUAUACAGUUAAAAAGGAUGAUAGUGUUAAAUCUGCUAAUAAAAACAUUACUGAAAUAGAUAAUAAAGAUGAUAGCAUUGAGACUAUAACUGUUAGUGGUAGUUUAGUAUUAAAUAAUUUAAAAAAUAUUCAUAUGUUUUUGCUUCAACAAGAGGGUUCAGGCAAGCAAUUUAAAUUAGUCAAUUCUUUGGAAAAAUUUGUUAAAAGCAAAAUCAUAAGUUCAGCUCAACAGACUCAUAUAAAUAAAUAUUUUAAAUGA